AUGCUCAAACGACGCGCCUCCAUAUCUAGCGAUGAACGCUACCCGAAAGUACGAUUGAUUACUCAACCCUCCAGAGAUGCCCGGGAACUACAGAAGCAACUCCUCGACAAGGAUUGUUUGUUGAAAGAGGCUGAGGACGAGUUGGAUGAACUAAUGAACUGCGAUUCAGAGCAGCUACAACUCCUAGAGGACGAACGAAAGCAGCUUUUUCAACAGAAGACUGCCGCGGAAAUCAAGGCAGAAAGAUUACAACACCGCGUCAACGAAUUAGAAGCUAGAUUACACAGGCUUGAAUUGCUUAAUGGCAAGCUCGACGACGCUAGGGUUCAAUCUGUGGUUGGGUUGUCUGCGAGCGCAGAUACCGCCGAUAAUAAGGGAGCUCCCGAAACAGGCAAACAGCGUCUCUCCUACCCUGAAGAUGCUUUGCAAUCGAAGAAUGCGCAAAAAUGGUUCCCAAGUGCAUUUGAAUAUGUGAACCAAGAUCUCGGCGAAGGUUAUUACAUCCUGUUCCAACAGUGGAUCAAAUUCGAAUGUCUCAGAGACUGGAUGACCUCAACCAAGGGAUUGGCACGCUCUAACAGGCCUAAGGAACUCAGCAAGUGGAUACUUAACUGCAGAUAUGACAGGAGCGGCAAUGAACCUCUUUUGGAGAAGGAUAAUCUUGCUCAGUUUGGCGAGAGUUUUUCGUGUUGGUGGAGUGGUCUUAGACCUCCGAGUCUUCAUCAGAUGUCCGCAGAUCAGAGCGCCGCUCAGAAUUUCGAGAAGGAGUGGGAGUCUCUUGAUAGGAGUGGGAAGAACGGUUGGCUUAGCGUGCUUGUUUGCCUCAAAUGGUGGGGUAUGGCAUUAGGAGAAGAAGAUAGGAAAGGUCAACCAGGAGAAAAAUGGCGUAACAUGGUCGACGAUGUGACGGUGGUGUUGAGCAGUCUAGUCACAAGUAUCCGUUAG